AUGACUCCUAUUAAUGUUCAUAUUCUUGAUUUACCUGACGAAAUAUUGCUGAUUAUUUUUAAUAAAUUUAGCAAUAUUGAUUUAUUAUAUUUACUAAUGGGUAUUAGUAAAAGGCUUGAUCAAAUUACAUCUGACAGUAUGUUUACUGAAGAUGUUGAUCUAACAACAAUAUCAUCAUAUGACACGAGUGAUUCCAGAGUUAAUAUUGUAGUUGAUCGAUUCUGCACAUAUAUAUUACCUCGAGUUCAUAAUAAUGUGGAAUCGCUAAGUGUUCAAGCACCAAUAUUUCAUCGUAUUCUUGGUGCUAGCCACUAUCCUAACUUACACAAGCUGACUCUUCUCAAUAUCAAAAUCGAUAUGGCUUCUGAUAUUUUUAAUGAAACUUCACUAUUUGUUCGAUCGUACAAACAUAAAAUUUCACAUUUGGUGAUGACGAUCAGUGGUGUAUCUCUUGAUGAAUCAACAGAGAUCAUAAUAGGUCAAACUUAUGCUGCGGUUUUCGCCUGUUUAUCAAAUCUACAGAUACUCUACUUAAACUCAAAUGUUUUUCGUUAUACAUAA